AUGCAGAGAAAAGAUGAAGUUGAUGAACUUCAAGAAGAUGAAGAUGAAGAUGGCAGAAGAACAAGCAGCAAAAGUGGAAAUAAUACUGUUCUUGUGGAGCCAAAUGUGGAAAUAAUACUCAAGCUGCGGACAGUGGAACCAUAUGUUACCUAUGGAUAUCCAAAUCUUGAAACCAUAAAGGAGCUCCUUUACAACAAGGGACAUGCCAACAUAGACAACCGAAAAGUUCCUUUGACGGAUGAUAUUAUUGAGCAGGAAUUAGGCAAGUUUGGUAUUGUAUGCAUGGAUGACAUGGUGCAUCAAAUAGAUAAUGUUGGUCCCCACCUCAACAAAGUCGUCAGAUUUAUGUGGCCCUUUGAACUCAACAAACCAUCAGGUGUAUUGAAAGGAUUAAAAACCCCAGGGAACCGAUAAGAUGAUGAUGGCAGAAGAAGAAGCAAAACCUCUCGACUGUAUUCCAAAGAAGAAAUUUAAACCCAGGAAAGGAUUGGCCUUGAAACUAGAUCUAAAAAGAUGUCAUAGGGUUCCCACAUAUCGGAAACUAUCAUAGAUAUGAGCGAAUAGAGUAGCGACUGAUAUCAGAGACAUUGAAAUCGAAAAAGUCGGUAGCUCUUUUACUAUCUGUGAUUUUUGUGCCGUCUUAGAAAAGUUAAAAUCAUGUUAUAUUUAUACUUUGUAUUAAGUGCUGUGUGAUCGAUCCUUUUAACACUUGAGUCAGAGUAAACUCAUAUUUUGAGGAAUGAGGAGUAUCCUGUAUUGAAUGCUUAAACGCAAGAAUUUGCACUCUUCCACA